AUGAAGCAAAAGAUCAUUCAGGACAUGAAGAUCAAUGUUACUCAUAAUAUGUUCUUGAACAAGAGAUUAAAAUCAAUAUCCUCUUCACAGCCUCAACUUUUAGGUGACUUUACACUAACUAAACAAGCAUAUGAUGCAAAUAAAUUCUACCGUAGUUCGAAAGACCCUAAAUAAACUUGGAAAAAGAACAGUGAUAUCUUUGCAGAAAGCUAAGAAUAGUGCAAGAUGUGUUCAAACUGCAUAUAAAAAUUUGAAGUACGAAAGGUCAUGUUCUGAAUUUAAACCAUUGGAGAAACUAAAAUAAAAUUAACAUGGGAAAGAUUUCAAAGCAAACUCCGAAGAAGAAAAUAAGAAAAGAAAGUAUUGAUAACAACUUAAUCGGAGCUGAAAAUAAACUCUUAAAGUUUUACGAUAAAGUUUCUCAAUCAAGCAAGAGGAGACCAAAGACUACAUCAAAUAGAAAGAAAAGAAACUCAGAACUCGGUGAUAGAAUAAAAGAAGCUCUUGUGGAACAAAGCAAAGCUAAGCAUAAGAAUGAGUUUUUCACUAAGAAGAAUAUUGAUCCAGCCAAUUUCUGCUUCUUUGAAAAUACCACUAAUAAUGUGAGAUCCCAAACAAGUCAUGGAGCAGCAAGAAGAAAGAAAAGAAAUGAUCUCUUAAAGCAGAACACCAACCAUAUAAAGGUGAGCAAAUAUUUGAUCGAGAAACCUGCAAGCCCUGAAAGGAUGUUCAAGUACAAUAUGAGUAAGACUGAGAUGAACGUUAUCAAUAUGGGGAAGAAGCCGAAAUCAAAGCCUGUUACCAUGACUAGUCAAGAAAGCCCUCACAAAGAGUUUCUAAAAUAGAUACAAAAUGUUGAUGACUGAACACUCUUUAAAAGAUUUACGCUCGAGAAGGUUGAUUCAAUCUUCAAGAGAACUUAAAAGGUCAUUGAAAUACCAAUCAAAAGAAGUUAGUGAGAAAAAGAAAAAGGGAACAGACACGAAGAAGCUGACAGUGAGAUCACGUGAUAGCACAAUCAACCUUUUGAUGACCACCUGCAAUGCUUUUAACCAGAAUAUCAAGCAAUACAGAGAAAUGAAGGACGAUAGAAAUCAUGAAACUGAGAAGGAAAAGAUAUCUAAAAUUAUCCAAGAUGAAGAAAAAUGACUAAACAUAGAAUAUCUGAGAGAGGAAGUCAAGAAGAAGGAGUUAGAAGAAAUGGAGCUUAAUUACAAGACAAACCAACCUCCAAUCAUCAAUACUGACUUGUUUAAAAUCUCAACUGGCCCAGUUCAAAUAAAAUUAGGUGGAAAUGAGGAUCAAGAAGAAUUAUCAAAAAUGAUGCUGAUAAAUAAUAAGCCAAGGGUAGAAGGAAAAGUCACUUAUGAUGAACCCAUGGUAAUUCAUAAUUAUGAUUCAAUGUCAAGAAAGAAGUUCUCUGUUCCAAAAUCUAUGGCAGACUCUAUGCCAAGGAAAAAUUUGGAUCUGCAGAAGAUGACAGUUAAGAAACUUAUUGCAGAAAAUAUAAUUGGAAGUUUGAAAAAGGAAAGCAAGGUUGAACUGAGGAUCCUCCAGAAGGAGCAAGAACUGAAAAGAAAAAUGGAGGAAGAGGAGAUUAAGCAGAAAGUUUUAAAAAGAAAAAUGAAAAAUUUCUGAACCCAAUUGAUAGUCUGUAGCAACAUUUUGAAGAAACUAAAUCUAAGUGCUGAGGAUCUAAUGAGAAAGAAUGUAUUCCCUAAUGUUCCUUUCUUUAGAAAAGACUCUGCCAAAUUAAUCAGAGCUGCAAAGUCUAACGACUUAGAGCAAUUAGAAGAGAUAUUAAUGAAAAAUAAGUUCACUGUUUAUGAUUAUGAUACAUCCCAUCAAACCGCUCUACAUUGGGCAGCAAAAAGAAACUAUGCUGAAGUGUGUAAGAUGUUGAUAGAAUAUGGAGCCAUUGUUGACUGAAGAGAUUUAGGGAAUAGAACACCACUUCUACUAGCAGCCAAGAUGGAUAAUGUCAAAUGUGUCAAACUUUUGCUUGCUCAUGGAGCAAAUCCAAUUUCAAGAACUUUUCUAGGCCAUACACCAUUGAAAGCAGCAGCUUCUAACCGAACUUUAAGUUAUUUGAAGAAAGGAUAUCUGGUGAUGCUUGCUAAUAAGUUUAUUGAUAAGUCUGAAAGAAAGGAUGUUUGGAAAAGAGAAGCUCUAGCAUACUUUGUGAAUGAUAAUGAGAGCGGCAUUCCGUUUUUGAUGUAAUGAUUUUCAAUAAAAA